AUGAACCGACAGCUAGUGAGCAUUUUGACAGCCUUGUUUGCAGUUUUCUUAGAAACAUAUCAUUUCAGGACAACUUUCUGUAAAGAACAUGAUCCCAGAACUGCAAAAUCCCCUUCACAGGCACUGUCUCCUUCAGAUUUCUUGGAUAAGCUGAUGGGACGGACAUCAGGUUAUGAUGCACGAAUAAGGCCCAAUUUUAAAGGUCCUCCAGUAAACGUUACUUGCAAUAUUUUUAUCAACAGUUUUGGAUCAGUCACAGAAACCACAAUGGACUACAGAGUGAACAUUUUUUUGAGGCAGCAGUGGAACGACUCUCGUCUUGCCUACAGUGAAUACCCCGAUGACUCCUUGGAUUUGGAUCCAUCAAUGUUGGACUCUAUUUGGAAACCCGAUUUAUUCUUUGCCAACGAGAAGGGUGCAAACUUCCACGAUGUUACCACAGACAACAAGCUUCUAAGGAUUUCCAAAAAUGGGAAAGUGUUAUAUAGUAUCAGGCUAACAUUAACUUUAUCCUGUCCCAUGGAUCUAAAGAAUUUUCCCAUGGAUGUACAAACAUGUACAAUGCAACUAGAAAGCUUUGGCUAUACAAUGAAUGACCUAAUAUUUGAAUGGAUGAGUGAUGGCCCAGUACAAGUAGCAGAAGGCUUAACUCUGCCACAGUUUAUUUUGAAAGAAGAGAAGGAGCUUGGUUAUUGCACAAAACAUUACAAUACUGGAAAAUUUACAUGCAUUGAAGUAAAGUUUCAUUUGGAGCGUCAGAUGGGAUAUUAUUUAAUCCAGAUGUACAUUCCUAGCCUGCUGAUCGUCAUUUUGUCCUGGGUAUCUUUCUGGAUCAACAUGGAUGCUGCUCCAGCCAGAGUUGCUUUGGGCAUAACUACAGUCUUGACAAUGACCACUCAAAGUUCAGGCUCCAGAGCGUCUCUUCCAAAA